UCCCAUUCAAUCAGCAACAAAUUUCAGCCUUAGUAUGAUUCCUAAUUCCGCAAGCCUCGUAGUCCAAGCGCUGUGUCAUCGGUGCUGAGUACGGCCACGCACGGUCACCGGCGAUCCAAGGAGCUCUUCCCGUCUCUCUUAUGCCAAAUGCUGAGGCUCUUCUCAUUCUCAAGCCGUCGUUUAGCUACCGCAUCUCCAACCUUUCCCCUCACUCUCCGUCGUUUCCUGAGUCAAUCCAUUCACGAGGAGGACAUUUACGACCCGCCGUUUUCUCCUGUUCUCAAACCUCCAAAGCUGAAGAAGUCCAAGACCAAAACCUCGAAGGAAGCUCCGAAUACCAAGGAAGAGCCCGAGUUUCCUCUGAAAUCGGACCUUCCAUUCGAUUUCAAAUACUCUUACUCCGAGAUUGACAACUCCGUCAAACCCAUAAGUUUCCGAGAAUCGCCUAAGUUCUCUCCUUUUGGACCUGGCCGGAUCGACCGCAAAUGGACGGGAACUUCUGCACCGGUUCAGGAGGAAGUCGACCGGCAGAGCUGGGAGGAGGAGCGGAAUUGGGUUCUUGGAGAUCCGCUUUCGGAGGAGGAGGUGGCUGAGCUCGUCGAACGUUAUCGUCACAGUGAUUGUGCUAGGCAGAUCAAUCUAGGGAAGGGGGGAGUCACUCACAACAUGUUGGAUGACAUCCAUAACCAUUGGAGAAGGGCUGAAGCUGUGAGAAUUAAGUGUUUGGGUGUACCAACUCUUGACAUGGACAAUGUUUGCUUCCACCUUGAGGACAAGUCUGGUGGAAAAAUCAUUUAUCGUCACAUAAACAUCCUUCUUUUAUACCGAGGACGAAACUAUGAUCCCAAGAAUCGCCCAGUUAUUCCUAUUAUGUUGUGGAAGCCUUAUGCGCCAAUUUAUCCAAGGCUUGUGAAGAAUGUAGUUGAGGGUUUGACAUAUGAAGAAAUGAAAAAAAUGAGAAACAGGGGUCUGAACUCACCACCUUUGAUGAAACUCACAAGAAAUGGAGUUUAUGUUUAUGUGGUGGAUAGAGUGAGGGAGGCCUUCAAGACCGAGGAGGUUGUGAGACUGGACUGUAACCAUGUAGGUACAAGUGACUGCAAAAAGAUUGGAGUGAAGCUAAGAGAUCUCGUACCAUGUGUUCCCAUCUUGUUCAAGGAUGAGCAAAUAAUCCUUUGGAGAGGAAAUGCAAAUUAAUAACCAUUCAGACUUAAUGUGGAGUAUUGAAAUUAGCGGAUCUGCAAUGUUAGCAAGAUGGGUUACUUCUGUCCUUUUUUUUUUUUUUUUACAAGGCCACGGAUAAUCCUGCAAAGAGAAAAGCUAUCACAUCAUGUCAAAACCCAUGAGGUUUCUGCACCUAAGGUCGAAGAUGUGGCCAGAUGUUACUUCUGUCAUUUUGAUUAAGUAUUCAAGUCUAGCAUAGUCCAUUAUACUCUCAGCGUGCUCUGGCAGGAGGACAUCUACUUGAUAGUAAUGCAAAGCUCAUCUUCAAGGUAAUAAUUGGAGUAAAUGGUACCAUUUUUUUUUUUUUGACGAAUGGCUGUGGCAUAGAUUGAGUUUAUCAGUCAGCUUUUGUAUUUUUGGAACUAAAAAUUAAGGGAAAGAGUUAAUUAAUUCAUUAUAUGGCAUGUUGAUCUUUAAGCU